UCCUCGCCAGGGACGACUCAACGAGGGAGGGAGGAGCAGGUGAACGAAGGAAGGGAGUCCGCCGAGCAGCGCGUCCUACCGAGCCAUCCAGCUCAGCAGUGCACAUCUCCACGGCCAGGGACGACCUGCGUCCAUCAACCCACUCGAAGCACAAAAAUGAAACAAACGACAGUGCUGCUGGUGCUGGGCGCUUUGGCCGCCGCUCACGCACAGACCUACUACUUCCCCGGCGCCCUGGUGCCCCCUCCGAUCCCGGCGUCGAGAUCCAUCGGCGGCUUCCCCGUGUCGCGGCCCAUCCAGUUCGCUCGCGCCCCUGAGGUGCAGCGCACGCCGCACCACUCCGUGGUGAGCGCCGCCGAGGAGGAAUCCUUCCUGCCCGAGCAGUACAAGAACCCGUUCUACAAGAACCCCAGGAUCGCGCAGGCGCUGGCCAAGGAGAGCUGGAAGCUGAACGGCGAGGAGAUGGUGUACCAGAGGGAGGCUGAGAAGAUCCCCCGCCAGAAGGUCUUCUCGAUCCUCAAGCAGGCCGGUUUCAUCUAAGGACCACGACUGCCAUGCCCCCUGACCCGCCCCUGUUCAUCUCGUGGGUGUCGUUAGCCCCAGUGCCAAAAAUUAUUGUGUUUUUUUUCGUCUCACUUUUGUCCCAUUGUCAGAAGAAGCACCCACGAUGCACUGAUUUUUACUUUAAUUAAUAAUGAGAACGAAUAUGCGGCUAGAAAACGAUAUUUUGCAGACAGCAGCGGUGUUUUUUGUCCAGAAAAUUCUCACGAGGCUGCUGAAAUUUGACAAAAACCAAAUCAAGCUCAAGUGGAGACACGACGAAGAGAAGCUUGCAUCAAAAUAUUAUUUUUUAUACACGAGAACGUUGAUAAUUUUAUAAUACGAUUAUUUAUUCUCUCCUUUCUGCUGUUCACAACACAGGACCAGAGAUGACUCGGUUUCGACACACUACGCACACACGCGAUCGAGCUCACUUGUAACGGUUCUGAAGCUAAUGAAGUUUACCUUUAUCCCCAUCGGCGUAUCACUAAAAUUACACACACUGCUCCUUCUUUUUAGUGGUGUAAAUACAUUUUCAUAAAUACUUUUAAGCAAAUGGAUAUGUGUGCUCUGUGCGUGUAUAAAUGUAAAUAAACUUCGUUUUUUAGAGGAA